AUGGCACCUUUUCUUAAAGCAGCGGACGACUGUCAAAACUGCGAGUCAAAAGCAACGGAGGUAGGUAAAUACUAAUGUGAACUGAAAGAAAUGGCGCGGGUUAACUACGGAAAAGUCUCAUCUUCUUCCUGGACCGUCGUAUCGGUCAUGGUGUGACUGGUUUUCAUUCUUAACCAACCAAAAGCAACACACUUGUGUUAGUCUAACCACAUUUCACGCUUUCACUUGACCUUUUAUUUCUGCAACCCGUGAAGCUUUUUAUUUUUGGGUCCAACACCGGUGCCAUUCUGCUUCAAUAAAACUCUCCGCUAAAAGCAAAAAUAUGAAGAAGGGAGGAGGCUUAAACGCUAAUUUCAAGCUCAAGCUCGAGCUCGCCGUUCCUCCUCCUGAUGAAGCCACCUUCGCUGCCUUCCUAACGAGAAGCGGUACGUUUGUGGACGGAGAUCUGCUCGUUAACAAAGAUGGAGUUCGGAUUGUCUCUCAAAGUCAAAGUGAAGCUCCACCACCUAUUAAACCAUCAGACAACCAGUUGAAUUUGGAAGAUAUGGACUAUAUUAAAGUUAUUGGAAAGGGGAAUGGUGGAAUUGUGCAACUGGUGCAACACAAGUGGACUGGACAAUUUUUUGCAUUAAAGGUUAUUCAAAUGAAUAUUGAGGAGUCUGUACGGAAACAGAUUGCACAAGAAUUGAAAAUUAAUCAAUUUUCACAGUGUCCAUAUGUUGUGGUGUGUUACCAAUCUUUCUACAUUAAUGGCGUCAUUUCAAUCAUUUUGGAGUAUAUGGAUGGUGGAUCUCUAGCAGAUUUUCUGAAAAGUGUUAAAUCAAUUCCAGAGCCAUAUCUAGCUGCCAUCUGUAAGCAGGUGCUAAGGGGUUUGUUAUAUCUUCAUCAUGAAAAACACAUAAUCCACAGGGAUUUGAAGCCUUCUAAUUUGUUGAUAAACCAUAGAGGGGAUGUCAAGGUUACUGAUUUUGGUGUGAGUGCAAUAAUGGCACGCACAUCCGAAGAGGCCAAUAGUUUUGUUGGCACAUACAACUACAUGUCUCCUGAGAGGAUUAGUGGGGGCAAAUAUGGGUAUAAAAGUGAUAUUUGGAGCUUGGGAUUAGUAUUGCUUGAGUGUGCAACCGGUCAAUUCCCAUACUCUCCACAACAGGAAGGAUGGACUAAUUUUUAUGAGCUUAUGGAAGCCAUUGUUGACCAACCAGCACCUUGUGCACCUUCUGAUCAAUAUUCUCCAGAGUUUUGCUCAUUUAUUUCUGCAUGUGUACAAAAGGAACCAAGAGACAGACUGUCAACUAGGAAACUUUUGGCACAUCCUUUUGUGAGCAUGUAUGACGACCUGCACAUAGAUCUGUCCUCUUACUUCGCAGGAUCUCCACUUGCAACCGAUCAAAACUAGGGUGGACAUAAUUGUUGAAGGAGUUCACAGUUUUGCAGACUAUAGUUUGAGACCAAAUGUUUUGGAAAAUAUAGUAAGAGCACACAUUUUAAGUAUAAAAUUGGAUACACAGGUGAUUGGGUGAAAUUUUCGCUUUAAUUCAAAAUCGCCAAACAUCUAAUUGUAUACUUAAAAGUGUGUUAAUAAUUUUAUUGAUAUUGUAAACCAAGGAAUUUAGAAACCUGGGGAAUGAAUCGUAGAUGUCUUUGCAGCUG